UUUUUUAUUCUGUUCACAAGAGUUUCUUCACAGUGGCAGAAGCCUUGGUGGCUUUUAAUAGCCUAACUUGCGCUUAGAUUUUGAUGGAAUUUCUUGUCGUAAUUCAUUUCCCCAAGGCCCCCCGUGGUUUAAGCUGUGGAUUUACCUCCAGGCUUCUGAGUCCCCUAACACUAACAUCUUGCUUUCUUGGACUGAGGCUUAGCCACGAUUUUCCCAUAUUGAAACUACCCUCUUUAAUUCCACCAGACUUACUGUUUCUGGCUGCCAGGGCACUGUUCCUGGGCCCCUCAAGGCCCCCCUGAGAUGCUACCUUGCUGAUGGGGUGGGCCGCAAACACACGCGUUCAGGCCCACUAAGCCUCACUGGAAACACCUGGAGACUCUCCCGCCCCAGGUUUCCACCUGGAAGGAGUUAAGAUAAAUUCCAAGAAGGCGGAAUCCAGCUGGAAGAAGUUAAGAUAAAUUCCAAGAAGGCGGAAGGCAAAAGGAGCUGCGCGCCUUCUCGGCGAGACUGCGGGGAGGCCGGGGCCCUUCCUGAAUCUUCAGCAGCGGCCUCCAGUGCCAUCUUGUCGCCAGCACUGCCAGGUGACGAAACAGGCAAGUCAGUAACGAGUUUGAUGUCCCUUUAUUCAGGGAAAACAGCCCCCGGAUUGGGUGGGGGAGCGGGCGGAUGUGGUACCUUCCACACCGCGGCGCACUCUCCCCCAGGGAUUUGGGGGCAAGCUUGGGGUUGGUUUCUAGAGUCUUAGAAGAGGCAAGGCGGAGACAGGGCAUGGAGGUCAGGGAUUUCCCUACAAGGCCGGCUGGCCGUGUUUUCUAGCGUCAGGUAAUCUCGCGAGCUCUGAGCUGGAGAACGGUGAUUGACGCGUGUUAGCUCUCCUGACACACGUUUGUUUGCGGGGGCCGCUGACUGGAGUUUAGAUUUGUGACGUGAGCCAGGCCCCUGGCAAGGCCUCCAUUUCGUGGGUCCUGAUUGAUGACUCGAGAACAAUACAUACUAGCAACACAACAAAACAACCUGCCAAGGGCUGAGAAUGCACAACUUUACCCAGUGGGGAUUUAUGGAUGGCGAAAGAGGUGCUUAUACUUCUUUGUCCUUCUGCUGUUGGUUACCAUGAUAGUUAACUUAGCCAUGACAAUAUGGAUAUUGAAAGUGAUGAAUUUCACCGUGGAUGGUAUGGGAAAUCUGAGAGUCACCAAGAAGGGAAUCCGACUUGAAGGUAUAUCUGAGUUUCUACUUCCAUUGUAUGUGAAAGAAAUUCAUUCCCGAAAGGAUAGUCCACUGGUCUUACAGUCUGACAGGAAUGUAACAGUGAAUGCGAGAAAUCACAUGGGGCAGUUAACUGGACAGCUGACAGUAGGAGCUGACGCUGUGGAAGCUCAGUGUAAGAGAUUUGAAGUGAGAGCGAGUGAAGAUGGCAGGGUGCUGUUCUCUGCAGAUGAAGAUGAGAUUACCAUUGGGGCUGAAAAGCUGAAAGUUACAGGCACCGAAGGAGCAGUAUUCGGGCACUCUGUUGAGACACCUCACAUCAGAGCAGAACCUUCCCAAGACCUCAGGCUUGAAUCACCCACCAGGUCCUUGAUCAUGGAGGCUCCUCGAGGGGUCCAGGUCAGCGCCGCUGCGGGAGACUUCAAGGCCACCUGCAGGAAGGAGCUCCAUCUGCAAUCUACAGAGGGGGAGAUCUUUUUGAACGCAGAGAAAAUCCGGCUGGGGAAUCUACCGACCGGCUCUUUCUCAUCGUCUUCACCCAGCUCCUCAAAUUCUCGGCAGGCAGUGUACGAACUGUGUGUCUGCCCCAAUGGCAAACUUUACCUUUCUCCAGCGGGACUAGGUUCCACUUGUCAGUCCAGUAGCAGCAUCUGCUUGUGGAGCUGAAGUGACUGAUUUCUCCUCACACCAGAAUAGCCUUUUGUUCCCGUCCGUCUGCUUCACAGUUCUGCUCGGUUUCCCUUGUGAUCAGUCCAGAGCUUCUUCGAAUGGUCCACAGAGCAACUUGUUCCCAUGCAAGCAGGGAUUCGCUGCCACCUUCUCUUGUGAUUUACUGUACUGCUCAACGCAGAGAGUGUGGGUGACAAAACAGUGGAAAAAAAUCACCUUCCACGGGAAAACUGGAUCAUAACUUUUGCUCAAAAGGGAGAAAAACAUAGGUGCCUUUGCUACAUGAAGUGAAGCACACAGUUUUAGAUUUUUGCAGGACCUGGAUAUGAACUGCACACAUACACAUUACAUAGAUGAAAUUCUCAGUAUCCAAUGGCAAGAUGAGAUGGUUGACCCUGUCAGAAAACUAAUUCGACAGUCUGAAAGCACAAUUUUCCAAUCAUCUUUUUGGAUGUAAACUUUUAUCCCCGAAUUUUAAAAUUUUGAAGCAUUAUAUAAUGCUUGCUUUACUAAAAAUUAAAUUCGAUACAUGAUUUUUAACAAAACGAAACAAAACAAGACAGAACCCCACCUUGAGUUUUAUUUGUUUCUUUGAAUUCAGUGUGUUGUUACUCUUUGUCUACUAAGUCUAGAAUUUUGUACAUUAGGUAAUUUUGAAAGCACUCAGCAAUAUAAUCUUUACAGAAUUAACAAAAUGCCAUUAUACUGUCAUUUGUCAGAUCUGAAUGGCCUUAUAUAGUAUUUACUUGGCUUUUGCAUGUGACGUAUUUGCUUUUAACGAAACAUCUAAUUUAUUCCGAUAUAAAAUAGGAUUAAGAGAGAUCUACUGAUGGUAUGGAAUCCAUAGAUUUUUUUUUUAAUUCACCUGCUAUCUUUUACACUAGGUUCUCAUAGUACAACUCUUUGUUUUCUCCACUCCCUUUAAAUUUGACUCUGACUGCUAAAAUUCAACCAUAUCCUCUAAAUAAAUUAAUACUAAUGUGAUGCAUUAUGCCGAGAAUGGGUUCACUUUCCAUUGGAAUAUAACCUUCAGAAUUAUAUCUAUGUAUUCUUUUUUAUUGGAGAUUAAGAUUUAAGGAUGGUCGAAAGUAAAUUAUAACUCCCUGCUUAAACAGUAAAAACUAUAAAUGUUAACAAAUAUGUUGAAAAUGUGUUUACUCCAUUAUAUUCCUAUUUUAAGGAAUUUGGUUGUGUUUCCUUUCAGCUCUUAACAUUUGGUUACCUUUAUUAGACUGUUAAGCUACCCUGGCAUCAGAAAUCCUAGCUCCUUCCAUUCUCCACUGCUUAUUUUUGUAAAGUAGCACGAAUAAAUAACUCCAGAAUAAUGCAGAUUUGUUGCUCACAGCACUCCUUAACUGGAAUUCUUGAAACUUACAGAAUCCAAGAAUGUAAAAUUGUAUUUAAGUCUUUCCUAUUAUGGGAAGAUGAGUUGAUUAAGGUAAGUCUUUAAUUUUCACAUGUCAAUCAAUUUCCUUUUCCCCCAUGCACCCGAUAGCAGGCGUGUGCAAGCUUCAUUCAGGGCUCUGUGACUGUAGAUCCUUUGGAAGUCAGGCCUCCACGGCAGCAAAGUGGGGAUGGGACCCUGCUGAAUAAUUUAGCAAAAGUAGGAAAAAUUAGGUGAUGUAAGCAACAAACUGAACCAUUUGGCCAGAAUACAUACAUACCCUUGUUUGGAUAACCUAACCUACUGAAUGCUUGAAAAAGCUCCAUUUUACUAAAAUGCAUUCUGUACUCAGCAAAAAGUCAGAAAGCUAGCGCACUUUUAUCACUUUUUACAAUAGAACUUGACUUGUGCUUAGAAGUUAUUAUAGAAAACUCAAAUUCCUAUUGAAGUAAGCACUAUGCAGUUGCUUACAAAGUCCUAUCAUAACGUAAGAGUUCAACUUCUGUAAAUGAAAACAUUAGAAUUUAAUAUGAGAAAUUCUCAUGCUGGGUUAGCCAAGUACACGAAGUAUAUAACACAAGAAGUUUUGAGAAAUCAUGGGUGCUAAUCACUGUGUUAUGGACCUUUUAGGAAAACACUGUGCAUUAAUUUGGACAUAUUCAAGUUCUAAACAUCCCUCAAUUAAAACAAUUAGAAAGUUUUUUUAGUCAAAUGGUAACAAUUCUUUUGAUUAGUAAUUAGCGCUGUUUCUAAUCUCAGCUCUGUCCUCUACUGAUCAGUGAGCUGAUUUAGGCGGUCUGGGGAUAUCUCCAGACUCCAGUUUACUCAACUAUACGACAAAAGUACUGAGUCAAAUGGUCUCUUGAGAUUCCUUCCAGCUCUAGCAUGUUCUAAUUCCAAGAGCAAAAAUUUUAGGAGGUGGAAGGGCCGCUGAAAUGUAAAAUUAUAUGUCAUAAGAGGAGAAAAAAGGAAAGAGAAUGAGGAGACAAACGGUAUAAAAUCCAAUUCCAGUGACGGGCUGUCCAAUUUCACAUUCAAAUAGGUUAUGAAAUGGUAUAGACACAAUUUGAAAUACAUGUUAAGAGAUUUAGACUAGGUCUGAAUGAUGUAAAAAUAUCUGUUUGAUUUAGUACAAAAAAUUGUGAUACAGAUGGCUUUUCCUAUCCAACACUGAGUGGUUGGUUUAAAUUACUCGACUGGCUGUUUUAGAUUCCUGAAAAUCUAAGUAUAGACUCAGCCUCAGAGUUUGAGUUUCUAUUGAAGGCAUAGACGAUUGCUCCUAAAAGUCCUUCAUUUCCUCAUAAAUGAAGGCUUGGUUCUUUCCUAUUACAGAGUUUCUUUAACUGCAGACUAAACAGAUUCAUCAUAUUUCUCCAAUAGCAUUUUUUUAUAUGACAACACAUAUAAAUAUAGUGCAGUUUACUCAGAUGCAGGUUUCAUCUUUCCUAAAUUUAACUCGGAAAAAAAUAAUUCCUUUAAGGUGUCCCACAUAGAUAACAAACUCUGUUAUCCUGGAUAAGGCAGGAAGAGAAGAAGGGAGGAAGGCAGGCCCACAGGCAGGGAGUAUACAAGGAAAGAAAGGGAUUGACAGUAUUCCUAGCAUUAAAAUUUUUAGCUGGGAAUGAAUAAACAGCAAGUAUUUGAGCUCUGAUUCUGGGGCGGUUGAAAGGAGAGAAGCAAAGAAGACACACUAUUCUUUGUUCUUUUAGAAUAUUUAAAUGAGACACGCUCAAAAAAAUAUACUUCCAGAUUUCCUGUUUCUUUUGCUCAACCUCUCUAAAAUUUCUACCCUGUACUUCUUGGUCCUAUCCCCCCCCCCUUAUUUUAUUAGGAACCACAAGCUUGAUAGUUUGGUACAUAAUUAUUUAUUGAAGGAUUUAAGAUCAAUCUAUACUUCGACUUUUACACUAAUCAGGAAAUCUUAGAUUUCAGUCCCCCAAAUCUCUGAAAACGGAGCCUGGAGUUUGAGUUCUAGUUCUGCCCUUAUCUACUCAAGAAAGGUACUUAAGGAAUGUGCUUCGUUAUCUCAGCCACAGUUUACUUACCUGUGAGAGUGGUACAGACAACUAGAAGUUUCCUUUGGUUACUUUCAUCUCUAAAUUUCACUGAUUCACUCAAGAAGAGACUCAGCAAUCUUGAGUUCAGUAGCAUCGUCUAAACUAGCAUUAGUGAUCUUCUCUACCUUAACAUGUUGGUUGUAAACGUUAAAAUGCGGAUCUUUCCAGCACCCUGCUCCUUAAUCCUUUUUCUAUAUUCUUUCUUGCUCUUACCUUGUGGACACUAAUGUCUCUUUUAGAAAUAAUGCUUCAUUGACAGGCUUCAGUACUAUGGUUGACAUUAAAUAUAUGAAAGAGAAUAUAUUUGGGUCUCAUUAACAAUGACUGUUUAGGAAAUUCAUAGAGAUAUUUACCAAAUAUUAAUACUCUAUUGGUCAUUCUGUUCCUACUUUAUCCCCAUCAGACUAAAAAGCACUGGUCUUCUGAAGAAAAGGUAAUUUGAUCACCAAAGUCAGUUGCUGAAUUUGUAUAACCAUUCAAAUUUGCUGCAUAUUUUACCCUCUGAAUUACUCAAUUGGACUGUGCCUCAUUUCAUAAAACUGGCAUUGGAUGCAAUAAAAACUCCUCAUGGAUUGUGUCACUGCAAACAUGGAAUCUCUGUGUGAAGCAGCAGUUGGGAGAAGACUGGAGAGUGUUUAAUGCAUUUAAGUGCUAUAUUUUAUAACAGUGUCAGUAUCCUAAUAUUAAAUUAUUAAAAUAGCUGAAGAUAUUUAUUGGCCAAAUUUUCUAUACAGCCAUCAAAGCCAAAUUCACAUUUGAGUUACUUAAGAGUAAGGCCUUACCUUAUUCUUCCAGCAGCUUUGGUCUAAUUCGAAUUGUUCAUGUGACCAUAUUUAAAAGAUACCUGGAGAACGUAUUUUCUCUAUGUAGUAGUAUAUGAUAGUAAUGUAUAUUGCAUAUAUUGCAUAAUAUCAUUAUCACAAAGUAAAAUGAUAUUGUAUUUUUAUUCUUUUAAAAUAAUCAUAAACUAAUGAAUGACCUCAUUGAACACUGUUAUUCAUAUUGUUUUAUACUGCAGUUCAUUAGUUAUCUAAAUAUCAAAGACCAAAGACUGGGAUUUCUAUUGUAUUUAGCUCUGUAACCCUGCUGCUUCUACUAAUUUAUUCAAAUGAAUAGGAGGGCUUAUAAUUAUAACAUGAGGCAGUAAACAUCCUCCGUGCAGGAUUCUGAGCUGUAGAUCAUUAAUUACCGUUGUGGUUUUGGAAGGAAAAUUUUGUUAGUAUAGUCCACUUACCUUUUAUACAUGCAUAAUAAGCUCCUUGAUACUCAUAAGACCAGUAUAUAAAGACUAUAUCCUAAAAUGGGCACCGGAUGGAUUUACUCAGCGGAGUUUCAACUUUCAUUGCUUGGUAAAAAUUCUUUGGAGAAUGUAAUUAAUUUGAAAUACUUUCAGAACCAGAGGGCUAUUUUUUAAGUGUUGAUUGAAGCAGUUCCACUCUUUGAGAAAGUCAAUGAAAAACAUGAAAGGAAAUGAGGUAUAAUGAACUGUGAUCAUUUAUGUUUUUGCAGUCUUAAUACCUCAUUUGUCUGAAUAUUUAUAAAUAAGAGCCAAACAGGGUUGAAGAUGUGCAAGGACAUUCGCUAACAAUGGAGAUACAUAAUUUCAAGUUUGAGUGUCUCGUUAUUUAUACAAUUCUUUAAACCAGGUUCACUACUCAUUUAUUUUGUUUUGUAAUUUUCAUGUAAAUGUUUUCUUGUAUAUAUAGAUAUAUGAAAAAUGGAACUAUUUUCUUACACAUACUAUGCAAUAUGUUUGUAAAAUUGCAAUAUUACCAAAAUACAAAAGCUGUGCUUUUGUACUCUAUCUUGCUUUAUGUAAAAUCAAUCUUUUUCUAUUUCAAUGGACUACCUGUCCCAUAAACUGUAGAUAACCUAUCUAUUCAAAAAUCAGUCUAUUGUAUCUUUUGUUUAGUUUGGGGUGGAUUGGGUUCUAUUUCUUUUGGGAGAAAACGCACCAGUUUGGCAGUUGGAAACUUUGUUUUCCUCAAAAAAUGAGACCUUUGAAGCAUGCAAUGAGCUCAUAUAAUUUAAGAUCUCUCCUGUAAUACUUGUAUUUUGUCCUGAUUUUGGUGCUACUGUGUAACCAUGAUUAAACGUGAUAGUCAAAACAAA